AUGCUCUUUAGGACCAGCAAUUACGGGGCUUUGCCAGCAGCGUCUGAAACGUCGUCGGAAAGCCAGCAUCCGGGGAAUCAAAGGGAAGACGCGUUCCAGGCUGAAAUCAAUAGGAACAACAACAGCACCAGCACCGACACCCGAAAUAAUCAACAACAACGAUCGAGGCAUCAGCGACAGCUGGCAGCUGCCAACGCGGCUUUCAACGCCACUCAGGCGAGACUCAGGGCCACCUUAACGAGGCACAAAGCCCUGGACGACAUCUUCAACGUCCUGGGUGCUAGCUGCAAUUCAGCUUUGGCAGAAGUUUCCAAGCGGAAAGACGCAAGAACGGGGAAAAGCAAAAUAAAUUCGCCGAGUGACACUCGGAUUGAACGAACCGUUCCGGAUUUAUUUUCCGACACUCGUCUCUUAUCCGGAAAACUCGUUGAUGCAGUGGAACAAGAAGCUUCGUCUCGUUUGCCCGAACAAGAGCUGACUUUGCGCAGAUUGUUUGUGCAAGAAUUGUGCCUCGGGGUCAUGUUGGGUCAAUCGCCUGAUAUCAAACGUCGACCUUCCGAAUCGCUUCAAGUCGCCAUUACAGAUUCUGAUGAUGGAGAUGGAACUCCCGGAAAUGACGAUGACGUACCACUGCCGAUAAUAACUUCUGCAAACUCUCCGACGGCGGGAUGAGAGGUUUACUCUCAUCCUUUUGAGUUAGGUGACACAUGAAAAUCUAUCGGAUUAUGUCCGGAAACGAAUUUGAAUAAAAGGCUGUGCUUCAAAAUAGUA